AUGGGGAUUUCUGCUGCCUUUGACCGGAACAGAGGCGCUGAAGUAAGGAAUACGGAGACGACGAAUAAGAAGGAGGGAGUUGGUAGCUCAACUGGAAUGCGUAAGUCCUCUGUCUCGCUGCCGCUGUACAGCAGGGACGAUUUGUGUGUUCCACAGCAUCUCAAAGGGAAUCCGUAUAUCAUUACUGGGUAUAGAGCGUGUUAUACCACGCGUAUGUGUUUGCGCAGCCUUUUCGCGCUGCACAACGAAACACUCAAUGUCUGGUCGCAUGGUGUGGGAUUUAUCGUAUUUUGGGUGUUAACCAUCUUGUUUUUCUCGGUUGUCUUUUUCACCCAUGAGGACGUUGUACAGUGCGUUAUCUACGGCACGUUUUGCUUUGCGUGCCUGCUUUGCAUGGGGUGCAGCACCGUCUAUCACUUGUUCUUGGGCCACCGCGAUCGGAUGCUGUUGUCGUUGGUGGAACAAAUGGACUACUACGGCAUCAGUGUACUUAUCGUGGCGAGUUUUUAUCCGCCGCUCUAUUUUGGAUUUUAUUGUGAACCCUUCUCUCGGGCGAUCUACAUGGUGUGCAUCGGCGUUCUUGGUGGGUUAUGCCUUGGCGUGUCUGCCUUGCCCUGGUUGCGUGACGUGAAGUUUCACUGGCUGCGUCUUAUUAUUUACGUCGCCACAGUUUUCACUGGAGUUGUGCCGUUUGUGCACAAUAUUCUACUCAAACCUCACAAUGCAGAGACGCUGCAACCGGUGGUUGGUAUUGCCCUCAUGUUUCUUCUUUACGGGACGGGUGUGUUGUUCUACAGCCUGCGGAUUCCCGAGCGUUGGUAUCCGGGCGAGUUUGAUUUGUUUCUCAGCAGCCAUCAAAUAUGGCACGCACUUGUUUUUGCCGCGGCAUGCGUCCACUUUUUUGCGUGCACGUCACUCUACCAACAGUGGGCGCUGAGCCGAGGUGCGUGUUGA